AAACAACACUUUGUCAAAUGUCAGUGGUUUCAAUAUGUUAUUUUAUUUUCAUAUUAACUAGGCAUUGAUUGUUAUUGUAAUUUAUUGUAGUAUUUGCGGAUUUGUUAGUCAUGUUUUGAACCAUACCGCUAUUAGUGACCAAAAAGAGGAUAAUCACUGAAAACUUAACAGAACAAUCGAACAUCAGAGGCUAUUAAAUACGACUACAAUAUGGUAUCCUCAGCCCUUACUAUUCAAGACAUUCUUCCUUUUAGAGCCAACAAUAAGAAAGUUGACAUGGAUGCAUUUUUGCCGUUUAUUGUUUUGCCAUUUCUACUACUUAUAGCCACUAUAUCUCGAACGAUUACUAUAAUAAUUAUGGUGGUAAUUGGUAUGGGUGUUUUGUAUGUGUAUACCAGACCACGACAAAAAAAUAGAUCACCAUUUUUCUUCUCUUGGACAAUGUCCUCAGCAGUAACUAUGUUCCUGGUGUUUGAAAUUAUAAUUCUGGGUCUGCUUGAGGUCACUCAACUGGAGAACUUCAUAUUUCUGCUAUUAUUAGCAUGCACAUGUUACUUUUUUUAUAAAAUGAAGGCAAUCGCAGAUUUUGAACUAGCAACUGGUUCUUCGAAAGGCAAAGAAUAUAGCCCAGUACUAACUUCUGAUUCAUACUACUGCCAAGUAUGCCAAAUAGAAGUCAACGAAAGAUUCUUUCAUUCAAUAUGGUGGGACUGUUGUGUUUUGAGGCCUAAUUACGUGUAUUUCCUAGCUGGUCAGAUAUGUGCAUUUGCAACACUUCUAUUUGGAACCAACUUAGGCCUGACGACUGUGUGCCAACCAUUCAUUUUUUAUGGAUUAAUAUUAUUGCCGGAGGAUUGUAAUGAUGCAUAUUAUGAGUUUGACUUAUCACUCGGUUUUGUGACCUGUGUGUAUGGUGUUGGAUACCUUUUUGUUAUUGCUUUAGUUCUAAUAAGACAACUGCUCAUCUAUUUACCAAAAUACAGUGAACCCCAGUGGAGAAAACUUGUGAACGUAUUAAACGUGUGAAGUAAACAGAAAAUUGAAUGUCGUCGUGCCGUCUGAAUGUGUUUUAAAUCGAUUUGGCUUUGGCUAUGAAUUUAAAUGAAUAGUUAAAAAAUACACUUAAACUAUGACAUACUCGGAGUUCAGCACUCGGGCAAAAUAGGCUCAAUAUUAACACGUCUAUUUUCGGAGAAUUACCAGUUUAUUAUGUUGAAAUUUGUAAAUCAGGAAAAACAAAACGUAGCAUUUCCCAGGCUAAAGUCCUACUUGAGCCGCUGCAGCGCUAUCUAGACAAUAAUUACAGAUUCUUUGUUACGUGAAACUACAUACAGUGAACACCCUGUCGUAUUUAAUAUAGAAGUUAUUAACGUAUUUAAUACAGAAAUUAAUAUACCCGCAGUUUCCCGGAUGUUGUCAUUACCACGAUAAAACAAUACCCGCGUGAAGUUGGAAUAGCCCCUUAGGCUAAUAACGAUUAAGUAGGGGGAAAAAAUCAGUACCUAUCCGACGUGCUAAUUCAGAUUUCUAUCUCAGCAAAUUUUGAUCAAAACAUAAAGUUUCACAUUGAAAUAGUUUGUGUAUAGCGUCACUAAUUAAAUCUUAAUGAAAUGUUUCUAUGUUAUCUAACAUGCAUGCAUUAACACGUAAUAUAAAAUAAUGUUAGGAUUAUAUAAAGAACGAAACAUACUAUUUAAAAUUAGAUUUUUUUUUCUCUACAUUUUCCGUCUAGGUACUACAUUAAAGAAAGUUAUAUUUUCGAUAGCUUUAUUCGCGUUCCAUGCACCAGUAAUUCGCUUAUGUUGAAACUUUGUACUAUAAGCACUUCAGUGUGCUUAGUGCAAGUUUUUUAACGUUCUCGAUUGCGUAAAAGUUAACUCAAAUUUGUAUGGAGUUGGAACAGCGUCCCUAGCGGCAAACGUUCCAACUCCAUACAAAUUCUCCGUACAAAAACUCGCACUAAGCACAGAUAAUAGUAUCCGGCGUAUAUAGUACAAAUGGCGGCCAAGUCGUAUCGCCAAAAAUAAAUUAAAAAACGGCUUGUACGAGACGUUCUCGAAGCAGAAAAAUGAAUAAAAAUCUCUCUUAAAUUAAACUGAAAACAAGAUUGAUUAGCAGAGCUAAGUUCAAAUACUUAUAAUUUGAGUUAGUUCGGAACUUUUUAGCAAAGUUGCUAACGGACCGAACCUUACGAGUCGCAUACAUUUAAAUCGUAAAUAAGAUUCAUUUAAAAAAAUAUGAAAUUUGUUAAAUCUUGACAUAUCUUUAAUUAUCAACUGUUCUUUUAGGAAAAAUAUACAGUAUUUGAAACCAUAGAUAAUACACGUAAAUGUUUGAAACUGUGAAAGCGGACCCUGACGAAAUGGCACCAGUAUUAGAUAAAAAAUACGUUGUUAUUGACGUCUUGAUAAUGUAUGCCAGUGUGAGGCUUUUUAAAUCUACUAGUCCUACUAAUAAUCUUAAUAGAUGUCAAUUCUAAUAGUUCUAUUAAAAUCGUACAACCUUGGUACUAUAGAAAUCCACAAAAUAUAAUAUUCUAGUUUACAAAAAAGUGUUUUAAACGAAGAUUUUAUGAGAUUACUAUAGUUUUAAAUCAGCUGGAACGUAACAUUUACCAAAAUAAUUAAGAGCAAGUACCUGAUAAAUACUGUAACAGUAGAACAGUUUAGGCAUAAUAAGUAUUUAUUUAUUUCAUAUAAAUGUAUAAGUUUUUGUUUGAUUUAAUAUAAUAAUAUUAAUCGAAUAAUCAUGCCUAAUUUAAGACAAUAAAUGUAAACACUGCAAAACAUUUCGAUUAACAUAUUUUAUUAUUCGAUGAAGUUUCUCAUGGAACACAUAUCAUAAUAAACUAUUUCCGAAUCAUAUAAACACUACAUUAGGUAAGUAUUAGGUUAGUAUUACUAAGUAUUAGGUUUUACAAAUUGUAAAUAUAAUAAAUAAUAUUUCUCUACAAAUUUCAUACUGAAUAACACUUGACUAGAAUUAUAAAUUCUGUCAAUCUAUCAAUGACUGUGACUUUUUUAAAUUUUUCCUCUGUUCUUAUUGCUUUGUGACACAAAGCCCUUAUUUAUUUUCUUCAUCUCGUUUACUUGUUUGCACUGAUUCGGUUAGGGCUUUUUAUAUUGUAAACAGAGUAUUUUAACAGCCUUUUUGCAUCCCGUGCCGUUUCGAUGGUAACGAACCAACAAAAACCUUGACGUAACAACAAUAAAUAAAAACUUGCGUCCAGUUCCCAUAUUACAGAAAUAGAACAUCAGUAAGUAAGUAAGUAAGUACUCUGUCCUGUCAUUCUGUCGCAGGCUAAAUUUUAUGGAUGUAUAUUUUUGUUACAUUUCAGUGUCCCGUUUUCGUUUGAUCGAAUUUUAAUUCCAAAACCAUCUCCAAAAAGUCCGUUUUUUACUAAUGCAUUGAUAGAAUAAUUAAUUCAUAUACUAUGUACAUACUAGGAAUUAUUUUAUGGCCGAUCAAAAAUAUGAGGCAACAGCUAUUAUACUACCAUUUUAAAAAAAACUAUGUGUAUACCUACUUAAUCUUAAGCAAUAAAUAUGAAUAAAUAUUGGAAGGUAUUAAUUUACUCGAUCGCUUAAUAUAUAUUUCCUUUACUAUUUUGUUAUAAAGACGGAGCAAGAAUGCUUGUUCGGGGAUUAAUUAUUAAACCGUAUGAUUCCUAA